CGGCGCGUCAUGAUGCAUGGCUCCACGAGUGCCGCAGUUGGCACGCUCAACGGCGCCCAGCGAUGUUGACCUCGAUCGCCUGCCGCUCGUCGGCCACCUCUCCGCCGGUAGGGUUCGCCGUGUCGCCUCCACCUCUGGCCCCAUGUGAAUCUGUCGUGCUCUAAUUUUCAGAAGUCUCCAGUUGAAGAAGCACCGGAGGAAUUUGACCACAUAAUCUUCCCUGUCAAUCAUAAACCAUUCCAUUUGUCCAGCAGAAGGCUUGGCCCUCAACUAAAGGAAACCUUUUGUAUUUGAAUAUUAGUGAUACCUGUGUAUGGAUACGAAUCCACCACAUCCCAUGAACUGAAGUAUCAUUGAUUGGAAUAUCAUUGAUUGGAAGGAGCUGAACAAGAUGGAAUCCUGAAUCGACUGCCCGAUCAACAAGACGUUUAGGAUUUAGAAAUUCUCCAACGCCAAGGUGAUCGUGUGAUCUGAUUGAAAACAUGGGUACAACAACACCUGCAGUCCUGCACCCCUCCAUGAUGCAUCUUGGGUGCGAGUAAUUUACUAGUAUGAUAAAAGUCAUACCUUCCAAACGAAAAUCCACGCAAGAGACCAAAACCAACAAGGCCUAUGUACAUCAGCAGCGGGCGGCCCAUGUUUCGCGCCAUCCGUCCUGGACAAUUCCGAAACCCUAGCACCAUCCGACGGCCAUGAUAAUUUCAUCGCCUCGGUAUAAGGUCACUCCUACGCCGCCGCCACCUAAACCUCAGGCUCCUCUCCGCACACCCCACCUUCCCUACACCGCCGCCGCCGUCGCACGCAGCCGCAUCCGCCAUGGGGGCGUACAAGUAUGUCUCGGAGUUAUGGAGGAGGAAGCAAUCCGACGUGAUGCGGUUCGUGCAGCGCGUGCGCUGCUGGGAGUACAGGCAGCAGCCGGCCAUCGUCCGCCUCACAAGGCCCACCCGCCCCGACAAGGCCCGCCGCCUCGGCUACAAGGCCAAGCAGGGGUAUGUUGUUUACCGUGUCCGUGUCAAGCGUGGCGGCAGGAAGAGGCCUGUGCCGAAGGGUAUUGUCUAUGGCAAGCCCAAGCACCAGGGUAUCACCCAGCUCAAGUUCCAGAGGAACAAGAGGUCUGUUGCUGAGGAGAGGGCUGGACGAAAGCUUGGUGGACUCAGGGUUCUCAACUCCUACUGGGUGAAUGAGGAUAGCACCUACAAGUACUUCGAGAUCAUCCUGGUUGAUGUGGCUCACACCGCCAUCCGCAACGACCCAAGAAUCAACUGGCUAUGCAAUCCUGUGCACAAGCACCGUGAGCUCCGUGGUCUCACCUCUGCAGGCAAGAAGUUCCGUGGUCUGCGUGGCAAGGGCCACACUCACCACAAGAACAGGCCGUCCAGGAGGGCCACCUGGAAGCGCAACCAGACCCUUUCCCUCCGCCGCUACCGUUGAGCACACACAUCUUGAUGCUCUGCUACUGUGGAACCCGCCCCAUGCAGGCUCUCUGAUAGUAUUUGGUAUAUUUGUUUCAUUGUUAAAUUUUGCUACAUGUGUUACUUUUGAGCCCCUUGAACUCCGUUGUCUGUACCAUGGAGCAAGUGACGCGUACGAGUCGAUGAAAAUGAUUGUUUAGUAGUGCAUUGCUGUGUAUUCUGUCUGGCACGAUUGAUUUAGGGCAUGUUUGGGAACACUUCUUUCAAAACCACGGUUUAUAUUACCAUAGUUUACCGUAUGUUAUGACAUGAACAUAUUGUAUUUUA